AUGGAUUGCAGCUAUUUUAAUGUAUUGAAAUAUGCUGCUGGUUUGGAAUUUUGUAUACAUCUUACAUACGAGGAAUAUUGCCUUGAUAAUAACUGUUGCAUGCCAUCUUUCAGACUGGAUUAUGGUGAUUCUUUGAUGACUUCUUUGUUUCAUGUUUACGAGAUUAGUUUGAAUUAUUAUUCAUUUUCAAAUUUUUUACUCAUUUAUUCUGUCCACUGCAGAAAUCUGUCCGACGUUUUAUGGGAGGCAAUAUCCAGCAAUCAGGUCCUUUCAUUAUAUCAGGGACUUGGGACCAAGAACCUGCAGUCUUUUAUUGCUCAGUUUGUCUAUUUUUAUGGAUAUAGCUACUUUAAAAGGCUCUAUCUGCAAAAGACCGGUUCAAAAUCUAUUGGAACAAAAGCCAAUCUCAUUCUUGCUGCAGCGGCUGGGGCUUGCACUGCUGUUGUUACUCAACCAUUAGAUACAGCUUCCUCAAGGAUGCAGACAAUUGCUUUCGGAAAAUCUAAAGGGCUUUGGGAAACACUUACUGAAGGCAGUUGGAGUGAUGCAUAUGAUGGCCUUGGAAUAUCUCUUCUGUUGACUUCCAAUCCAGCCAUUCAGUAUACUGUAUUUGAUCAACUGAAAGUAAGGCUCCUGAAGCAGAAGCAGAAUAAAAUGGAGACAGGAUCGUCUCCAGAAGCCCUUUCUGCCUUCUCAGCUUUCGUUUUAGGUGCACUCUCGAAGAGCAUAGCCACAGUUCUAACUUAUCCCGCAAUCAGGUGUAAAGUUAUGAUUCAAGCUGCAGACACAAAUGAUGAUGUGGAUAAGAAAGCGAAAAGAAAAUCCCGUAAAACAAUUUCUAGUGUUCUUUGUGCUAUUUGGCAAAAAGAAGGUGCACUCGGCUUCUUUAAGGGACUACAAGCGCAAAUUUUGAAGACUGUAUUAAGCUCAGCAUUAUUGUUAAUGAUAAAGGAAAAGAUCUCUGCAACAACUUGGGUCCUCUUGCUCGCUGUGAGCAGAUAUUUAUUGCUCAAACCUGUUGGGUUGAAGAGCGGAUAAUGUCAUGAAAAUUGUGCACGUCGUUUUUUGUAAAUAACGACAAAGGUGAAAGUAGGAAGAAACUAAUAGCACUAGAUGAUCAGCUGUAGGAAUCUCUGUUUGUCGUUAAUAACGCCAGAUCAUUUAGCUAGAUCCUUGUUAUAAGUUUUAUUUGGAAAGGAAUUGUUGAUGAGGUACGAUUUACAUGUCGAAUAAGGGUGAGAGCGAGAGAGAGGAAAAGCAAUUUUCUUCUAUUGGUGAACUAUUUUGUGAUGAAACUUCUAAUGCAGAGAGAAAUAUUUAUACAUUAUUUGUACAAUUUAAAUUGAUGGAAUAGAUUAUGAA